AUGAUGAAAGAAUUUAAAGAAGACAUGAUGAAGACAUUUGAAAUGACCGACCUUGGCUUAAUGAACUAUUUCCUCGGUAUAGAGGUGAAACAAGACAAGGAAGGUAUACUUCUCUCUCAAAAGAAAUAUAUUGAAGCUCUAUUAAAGAAGUUCAAGAUGAAUGGUUGUAAACCUCUCACUACUCCGCUGGUGGUAAACGAGAAACUACAAAAAGAUGAUGGAGCACAAGAGGCAGAUGCAUCGCGCUAUAGGAGUUUAAUUGGAAGUCUCCUGUAUCUCACAGCCACACGACCAGACAUUAUGUAUGCUACAAGUCUUCUAUCAAGAUUCAUGCAAAAGCCAAGUCAGAUUCAUUAUGGAGUAGGAAAAAGAAUUUUAAGAUAUCUACAAGGCAAAAAGGAGUUUGGUAUAUGGUACAAAACCAUGACUAACUCAAGGAUGAUUGGUUACACAGAUAGUGAUUGGGCAGGAUCAAUGGACGACAUGAAAACUACGUCAGGAUAUGCUUUCUCACUAGGAUCAGGUAUUUUAUCUUGGGCAUCAAAGAAGCAAGCAACCGUGGCACAAUCAACAGCAGAAGCAGAGUAUGUAGCAGCUGCUGAAACCACAAGUCAAGCAAUAUGGCUACGAAGAUUACUUGAAGAAAUGGGUCACUACAGGAAAAGCGUUAUUUUCCGAAGGAAUAAUACCGACGGUCUCUGUGGCCUUCGGUAA